GAUUGCGAUUUUCCGGUGUGUCUCAGUCUUGAGCCUCGUCGCAGAGUAUAAAAAGAGUCAGACAUGGAAGAGGUUUUUAGGUAUUCGAGCGCUUUUUACGCAGCAGGUUCACCAGCUGUAGAGAACCAUGGCCAUGUCCGCGGUCACACUCACACUCUUUGGCUUUUUCUACAUGUUUUCGACAUUGACAGAUGCUACAACAGAAGCGCCCACAGUGGAUCUCAUCACCACGAAUAAAGAUAUUGCGGUGGGAAACAGUGAGUUGUUGCUUUGCAAAGCUAAUAAACCUGCGAUAUUCAGAUGGGAGAAGGAUGGAGAAGAAAUUGAGGAGGGUUUCGACGACAGUGAAGAAAAGAGUAGCCUGAACUUGAAGGAUGUCAAGCUAACAGACAGUGGAACAUACAAGUGCAUUUGCGAUUUUAAUGGUGUUGAACACGAGAAAUCCAUCAUCAUAUAUGUCUAUGAGAUACCAAGAUUUGUUUCAACUAAGACAUACCAUGAGUUUUUGGUGAACGAGACGGUGCAGGUUCCAUGUCGGGUCACAGGGAAGCCCGAAGUGGAGAUCAACUGGUAUUGGAAUGGUGUCCGUGUGUUAAAUAAUGACACGAGUAAUCUCAAUGUGCAGGGAGACGGCUCGCUGCAGAUUACAAACAUUCAGAGGGAAAAUCACGGAACCUAUAGCUGUGAGGGAAAAAUCAAAGGACGGCCCAUAUCAGAGACUCUGAAUAUCUUUGUUGCUGUAAACGCUCCACCAACUGUCAUAGUUCGCGGUGAGAGGUCAAAGGUUGUGGCUGGACCAAACACAAAUUUCACUUUAACCUGCUUGGUUACGGGAUCACCCCAUCCAACUAUUACUUGGGAAAUGCCUGACACAUCAGAUUCCUCUCGCUACAUAUACAAUUCAGACAAGAGUAAGCUCAUCAUUCCAGGUGUGGCCAGAAGUGACUCUGGAAAAUACGUUUGUACCGCUGUCAAUAAAAUUGCAAACGAAAGGGCAGAAUUCACACUGGAUGUCUCAGAACGUCCAUCGGUGAGCCUGAGCCAGAGUGAAGUGGUCCUAAAGCUCGGGGACUCCGCAUCUGUCCUCUGCAACGCCAAUGGACAUCCUACUCCCACCAUUCAGUGGCUGAACAAGAGCAAGAAAGGUGGCAUGUCCUCUGACGGUCGGCUGAGAGCCGUGGGAUCGCAGCUUCAGAUCAAGAAUGUGGUGCCUUCUGAUGGUGGUGUGUAUUACUGCACAGCCAACAACGAGGCAGGCAGCGACACAAAGAGCUUCACUCUAAUGACUUCUCCAGACGUACCAACCUCAUUUACUGUGUCACCUGGACCUGCGGCGUUCCACAUCACCCUGCAAAAAUCUGUCCUGGAUGGGGGUUCUCCUAUUACUCAGUACAUGAUCCAGUGGAGAAACGAAUCAGAGAGUAACUGGCAAAAGGCUGUCAUACCUUUUUCUGGUCCACUGGAGGUCACAUCUCUGGCUCCAUACACUGAAUACGUUGUCCAAUUUGCUGCUAAAAACAAGCAUUAUCUUGGAGCCUUUUCUGCUGAAAGGAAGAUUCGCACAUUGGCCAAACGGGAGCCAGACAUGCCUGAACUGUUGGCAAACGAGGGCAAGAUAGAGAGAAACACAUAUUCACUUCCAAUCAAGCAGAUCAGUGCUGGAGGUUCUCCCAUUACGCAUUAUCUAGUGCGCUACCGAAUGAACAAGGAGGGUGAGUCCUGGAGAGAAAAGAAAACAGACAAAAACUCCAGUAGCGUUCUGCUCGAGAAUCUUGAUUAUGACUCUGACUAUCAGGCCGAAAUCUAUGCUGUUAAUAAUAAUGGCUUGUCCAAACCAACUAAAGCCUAUUUCUCCAUCCCACAAGCUCAGCAAAGCCUGGGUAAAGGUGGUGUAGUGGCCAUAGUGUUGGUCAUCUUCCUGUUGCUGUUGGUGGGGGUUGAUGCUUUGUGUUGCUAUACAAAUCACUGUGGCAUGCUCAACUUCUUGGCCCGGAAACUGUUUGGCCCGAGCAUCUCUGAAACUAAAAGUGUGGAGGAGGGUGUGUUUAACAAUGUUGCUGUAACCAUGAAUGGGCUUGAGAAGCCAAGGGGAAGCAUCCCAAAACUACUGUCACAAAACAAGACAGGAAGUGGGGACAAAGCUCCUCUCACCAAAUUUGAGAAACCACCAGCCAAUUCUGAGCCAGUCGAUGAAGCACGAUUGUAAAAACUUUGACUAUUUAAAAAAAGUUUUUUUUUUUGUUUUUUGUUUUUAAUGCCAAACCAAAAAGAAAGAAUGACUCGAGGAAUGCAGCUUUCUGGCUGAAAGGCGCUAUAAUGCAGCGAAACAACAACAACAACAACAACAACAACAACAACCCGAAACUGUAUAAAAGUGUAUUAUAUAUUUUUUGUUGUGAAUUGCAAGUUAAGAUAAGAACUUUGUUGUGUUUAGUAGUAUGUGAUUGUAGAGUAUGGCGUUAACAGGGUAAGGAUGGUAAAUGUAGCUUUUGAAAAAUAUGAUAAUUUUGUUGAUAAACGAGAGCAGCUAACUGUGUUAAACAGAUUUUCUGCAAUAAUUUAUACUAUUAGGGCUAUACACUUUCAGCAUGCUGUAAUGUCUAAAGCAAUCAUUAUGGGAGGGUAUUAUUUCACAUUGAUGAACAGACAAUGCAUUGUUAUCAUCACUAAUUUAUUUAUUAUAUUUUGAUGGCAUUAAUAGCAAGAAUUCAUGUUUUAUCAUGGUUAUGACAAUCAUUUGGUUUUUUUCUGCAUGAAUUAUAUUACCUAUGCAGUGAAAAUCUACCAAAAGAUUAACUAACAGUAUAUGUAUAUAUGCAAAUUUGUAUGAUAUAGGUUGUAGGAAGUGCUGUAUAUUUUUGUAAAAAAUUAUUUUUGUCAUUUUACAAACUGUAAUAUAUGUUCUAAAAAAAUUAA